AUGGAGAUUUUGGGGCAGCAAGUGAACAGCAGCAGCCUUGGGCGAAUGAAUAGGGCAGAUGAGGCUUUGAUCCAGGUCUUUGUUCCCAUUCUGGAUGGACUAAUUCUGGUGACUGGUUUGGUGGGUCAAACCCUGGUCAUCAUCAUUCUCACUGGUAGGAAGAAGAAAAAAAGCCAACCCCCGCAUGGUACUGACACCCUGCUGCUGGCUCUGAGUGCUGCAGACCUGCUGCUGCUACUCUGCCUGCCUUUCCACACCUCUGCCAUCACCCUGGGCUUCUGGCCUUUCGGCAGCUUUCUGUGCAAGGCCAUCAGCUUCCUGGGUGUGGCCUGUUCAGCUGCUUCCGUCUUCACCCUGGCAGCUUUAGCUGUGACACGUUACCUUACAGUGGUACACCCCACCUGGGCGUACCGUUCAAGAAUUCAGCGACACAUUAAGCUGACAGUAGCUCUACUCUGGAUCCCUGCCUCGGCCUUGGCAGCGCCGCAGUUUGCUUUCCGCACAGUUACCGCCUCCAGCUCAGUGUACUGCUUUGCCUUCCUGUCCGACUUCAGCCAGCUGGUCUACAGUAUUGCCCUCUUCCUCUUCGGCUUCGCUCUGCCACUGGGUAUCAUUGUACUGAUGUAUGCCAAGAUCUACUGUUUUCUUCAACAUGCACGGCUACUGGGGAACGCUCCCCAUCUGGAGCGCUACCAGAGCCAGGUCACUCACACUUCAGCUCUCCUGGUCCUGGUCUUCACUCUCCUCUGGCUGCCCUCUUAUGCCCUCAUGUUCUUUUAUAUUGGAGGAACCAUAAUGGGCUCACCUGAAUACAAUACCAUUGCAAUCCUGGCCAGAUUGUUGGCAUCCUCAGUAGCAGUGGUAAACCCUGUACUAUAUGGGUUUAUGUCUCAGAAGUUUAGACGAGACUUACUAGAGAUGGGGAGGAAACGCUGGGCAUGGUGUAAAAGCUGUCUGAUUGGUUGCCCUGAUGUGAUGGGCAGGGACAUGGUACAGCCCUUUGAGCUGGACACAACUUCAGAAAGAGGCCGAAACUGA